AUGACCGAAACUAUCUCCCCCGACUACCUCGUCGUCGGUGCAGGUGCUGCAGGCAUGGCCUUCGUUGACACUUUGAUCACCUCCAACAUCAAAGCCACAGUAGCCAUUGUCGACAGCUAUUCCCGCCCAGGAGGUCACUGGACAAUCGCCUAUCCACAUGUUACCCUCCACCAGCCGUCCAAGGUCUAUGGCGUGGACUCCCGAAAGCUUGGAGACGAGAAGAUUGACCAGAUUGGUAUGAACAAGGGCUUUUUGGAAUUAGCAACAGGUGACGAGAUUGUUGCGUAUUACAGCAGAGUCAUGAGAAGUACCUUUCUUCCGUCUGGUCGGGUUGCGUAUUACCCAUUGCACAACUAUACUACCGAAGGAGAGUUUGAGUCGAUUGCCACGGGAAAGCGUUACCAAGUAGGACCCAACACUCGUAUCGUAGACGCUACGUAUUCCAAGAUCACAGUUCCAGCCAUGGGCCCACCGUCUUACGAAGUCUCAGACCAGGUCAGCCUCGUUACGCCUAACGCUUUGGCAACUCUUAAACGACCUUAUGGCGGCUAUACUUUGGUUGGGGCUGGAAAAACCGCAGUCGACGCGUGCGUGUGGCUAUUAUCUCAAGGCAUCCCUGCACAGCAGAUUUCCUGGAUCAUGCCCCGCGACUCUUGGUUCCUCGAACGCGGUACACUCCAGGCACCAGAAAGCACACCCAACCCUGAACAGCAGUUGAAAGAAAAGGCCGAUGCACUCAUGGGAGCCACGACAUCUGAUGAACUUUUUCUGCGCAUGGAGACAUACGGACAUGCGCAUCGUGUAAACAAGAGCGUGAAACCAGCCAUGAUCAAGGCAGCGAUUGUCUCAAAGCCAGAGCUUGAAGAGAUCAAGCGGGUCGAAAAUAUUAUACGCCAGGGACGAGUCAAACGCAUCGAUUCAGACAAGGUGACUUUGGAGCAGGGCACGUACAGAUCGGUGCCCGAUACUCUCUACAUUGACUGUACUGCGACUGGUUAUCCAUACCGACCCGUUGUUCCCAUCUGGAAAGGCAGACACAUAACGAUCCAGAUGGUAAAGUUCGUCCAGCCUACUUUCAGCGCCGCCCUCCUUGCACACGUCGAAGCUACCUACAACAGUGAGGAAAAGAAGAACGCAUUAUGCAAGCCUCUUCCUUCCAUGAGUAAACCAGCGGAUUGGUCCACUACGCUUCUCGUUUCUAUGCAGAAUAGGUUGAGGUGGAUCGAGGAGCCGAAGAUUACUGCUUGGCUUGAAAAGUCGAGGCUGGAAGCUCCGGUUUUGGGGCCGCCGCCGAGGGAUCCGGAGGAGGCUGCGAGACAUAAUGCUAGUAUUCCGCAUCAGAUUAGGGCGAUGUGCGAUAAGUUGGAGGAGAUUGUUAGGAAUGAUACUGCACUUGCAGCCGGUCCCUAG